UUUUUUGAUCAUUAUUUGUAUAUAAUAUCUAGUAUUUUUCUUUUCGUAUUAUCCGUAUUUCGUCAAUAUAGUCUUGAAGACUUGAAAAGUUGAAAACUUUUGUAUGUUUCACUAGUCCAUAGUUAUCAAGUUCUGUAUUUUACUGACCAUUGGGUGCUCAUGGUGUAAUCUUCAAGUAUGCUGUGAAUCUCGCCUAGAAGUUAUUUAACAUACGCAUUUCAUAGCGUCCGCCGAGGAAAAAACAUCUUGAGAGAAAGCACUAAUAAUAUAAUGUGGGAGAUUUUGAUCUAUGCAUUUUCUAUGUUCAUGACAGGAGCGUUGUUAUUCCUCAUGGUUUACUCUAUUAUAACACUGUCAGAUCUUGAAUGUGAUUAUUUAAAUGCUCAAGAAUGUUGUAACAGACUGAAUUUUUGGGUACGACCAAAAAUUGUUGCACAAACAAUAAUAGUUGUAGGAUUUUUGACUGAUGGCAAUUUAUGGAUGGCCCUUGUAAAUAUACCAGCUGCUGCAUGGGUCAUCUAUGAGUUUGUCACUGUACCUAGAGGAAAUACAGGAUUAUUUGACCCAACCGAGAUUCAUCAUCGUGGGCAAUUAAAAAAGCAUAUGCGUAAUUUUGUAAUAUUUACUGGAUGGUAUCUCAUUACUUUUUUCUUCUAUUUAUAUUUCAUGAUAUUAGCUAUACUAAAAGGCAAUCCCUUGGAGACUGAUGCGCCUCAGCACGUCAACAAAUUCUAGUCUUUUUUUUUUUUUGCAAGUCCUAACAUUUAAUAUAAUUUAUUUUAUGUGUUUUUUAAGUUUAUAUGUAAACAUUUGUCUGAUAUUUUUAAUAAUAUGCAUACUACAGUAUAAAAUUUUUGGUUUUAUUAUACACUGAUGUGCUACAUUAUACAACUGUAUAAAAAAUGGGAACUAGUUUAUUGCUAACAACUAUAAAUGCGGUUCCGAGAAACAUGCGGUGAGGACAUUUGCGGUCAGUUCAUUUUUCUGGCCAGUUGCGGUCAACUUAUUUUUAUCUAACUGAGUAUCAAAUUUAAGGCACUAUAUAUAUUAAAUUAUAUACUAAAUAUAUUAUGCAAUACUAUAUAUGAACAUAUAUUUUAACUUCCCUUCUCAUUUUUCCUGGCUUAGGACUAGCAGUAAUUCAAAGUCAAAAGUGUAUUAUUUUCAGAAAAUUUUUAUGUUAUUUUCUGUGAUCAAAAUUAAAAUAGAAAAUAUAUAAGGUAAAAAGAGUUAUUAAUGUAUUUGAAUAAUUACAUUCAAGUACUUUUCAACAUUGGGUGUACUAUUCUGCAGAAAUUCGCUAGACUAAACUGGUUUAAAAUUAUCCCACAUCUUUCCGCACCGGGAUAAUGAACCAUGUGAAUGAUAUGGUCCAAUCAUCCCGGUGCAUUAUUUUUCACACCAGUUUAGUCAAGCAAAUUUCUACACUAAUUACCAAAUACUAAGUAAACUUUGUUGAUAAUGAUACAUUGAUACCCAUACACGACCAAAUAUAGCAACAAAUCGGUACAAAUGUAUCCAAUAAUAAUACACUUUUAAAUUCUCCAGUACCUAUACCCUGUUCCAAAAGAGAAGACACCAGGCGGCCACAGACAAAACCGGUUUUGCUACGUAAAUCUGGCGUCUUCUCUUUUGGAACAGGGUAUAUAUGACAACACAUUUUUAUAAUAAAUAUAGUUUAUACUAUAUUAAAUAUAACAUUAUAGUACAUUCAAUUUCAUAUUCAAGUAGAUAGAAAUAAGUUGACCGCAAACGGCAAAAAAAA